UGUAGGAGGAUCCAGUGACGCUGAAGGUCGGGUCGAAAUACAGCACAUGGGUGUAUGGGGAACUAUCUGCCACGACCAAUGGGACAUCCUAGACGCAACGGUCGUGUGCAGAAUGCUUGGGUUUCAAGGUGCCUUGAAGGCUCCAGGAUCAGCUUACUUUGGCAAAGGAGCCGGAGACAUCUUCUUGGACGAAGUUCAGUGCGCAGGAACAGAGUCUCGUCUUACGGACUGUAAACAUAGGGGUAUUGGUGAGCACAACUGCGCUCAUAUUGAGGACGCCAGUGUCGUUUGUGAUGAUAAAGGUGGUAUGUCAGUUAAGAUGAUCGUGGGUGCAGUGGUCGGAUCCAGCAUCAUGCUACUGAUCAUUAUCGGUGUGGCAUCACUGGUCUACUAUCGACGAAAGAAGACCAAGGACAGAGCCGAGGAGAAUCCUGUACCAUUUGCAGUGUCGAAGACCACUGGACCAACGAAGGACCUGGCACAAGGCGAGGGUAUCCAGGUUCCUCCGAACCCACCAAACAGGCCGUUGACAUUGCCCAGGGUUUCAAUGAAAAGAGAUGUGAAACCAGCCGAGACAAUGUUCAUCUACCAAAGCCCCAAACCAGAAGAUGGAGGCCUUGAUGAUAUCGAUGAAGAGAGGAAGCACCUGUACAUGUCUAUGGAAUCAGAAUACCUCGCGCCCUCUGCGGUGAAAGAUGAUGUGUGUAUUCCCUCUCUCGAACUGGGGUCGGAUGCGCCAGAAGAUGUUCCAGCCGCUGCCGAGGAAUCUGUUUAUAUGGGAGACGAUCUCUCAUAGACCGACGUCAAGGCGUCUGGUGUACAGGAUGAAACCACCAGAGUAUGAAGUUGCAUUUGAUACAAGUAAAUGAAACCGUCACGAGAAGACGGAUUCUCACAAAGCAAGCACAGAAGGCUACCGGUUUUUAUAAUAAUUGUUAUCUGAACUGUAUAUAUGGCAUUGAGAAUUUAAAAUUCACUCUAGAUACAUGGUUUCAAAUGCUAAUUUCAUUUUUUUUUCUUCACUCUAUAUCUUUAUAAAUAAUGUUAAUGUCUUUUUAUAACCAAUUAAUGGUUAAAAGUACAGGUACCAGGCCUAAUACAAAAAAAAAGUGUCGUAAUAAUUUCAAAGGAUAACAGCAGUUAUAAUAAUUAUUCUGGAUGUAAAUAGCGCCGAUUACAGCCACGUAUGAUCCAUC